AUGUCUGCCAUCUAUGAGAACCUGAGGCAGCUCAUCACCGUGGUAGAUGAGCUGCGAGAUGUGGGCCUGCAGCACUACAUCAGCCUUCCUCGGAUUGCUGCAAUCGGGACUCAGAGCAGUGGAAAGAGUUCUCUCAUUGAGUCCAUCGUUGGCCUGGACUUUCUGCCGCGUGGAGGGGGGGUUGUCACACGACGUCCUCUGGAGUUGCGCCUCGUGCACUUGAACUCGCAAGAGUACGCGGAAGACAAGGCUUGGGCUGUGUUUGACAAGGUCGGAGAUAAGAAGUUCACCAACUUUGACGAGGUCAGGCAAGAGAUCGAGCGCCAGACGGAUCAAGUCGCAGGAGCGAACAAGGGGAUCGUCAAUGACCCCAUCAUCCUCACGAUCUACGCCACAGGAGCGCCUGACCUGACACUGAUUGAUUUGCCGGGGGUUACCAGAGUGCCGGUCAAGGGCAGUGACCAGAAAGAGGAUAUUGAGAAGCUGACGAAGGACAUGACGCUCCACUACAUCAACGACCCUCGCACGAUUGUCCUGGCAGUGCUGCCAGCCAAUCAAGACAUGUCCGUUUCGGACAGCCUUCAGCUGGCCCGCCAGGUAGACCCGCAGGGCUUGAGAUCUAUCGGCGUCAUCACCAAGAUCGACAUCAUGGAUCAAGGAACGGAUGCGGCAACCAUGCUAAGAGGUGAGGAUGUGCCCUUACGCCUUGGCUAUGUCGGUGUCAAGAUGCGUAGCCAGCAAGACAUUGUGAACAAGAAGCCGGUGAAGGAUUCCCUUAAAGACGAGAAAGAGUGGUUCGACAACCACCGAAUCUACAGCAAGCUGCCCCCAGGCAUGAUUGGGACCCCCGUCUUGAUCGACAAACUGACGCAGAUUCUCUUCAAGCAUAUUCGAAGGUUUCUGCCCGAAAUCAAGAAAGAGAUCAACGAAAAGCGGAGAUCUGUCCAAGAUCGCUUGGACGAACUUGGAGAGGGAGUGCCGCUUGAAACCGCAGAGAGGGUCCAGGUGAUGUGGACUUUAGUCACAGACUAUUGCGAGAUGUUCAAGAACACCAUCAGAGGCAAGUAUGACCGCAAGCUGCAGCGGUACAUGUGCAACCUCACCGGCGGUGGUGCGCAGGGAGGUUCGGGUGGCGCGAAGAUUCGCACCAUCAUGAAUGACUUCUUGAUUGACUUCAUGGAGACGAAGAUCACGUCUGACAUGUCAGAUGAUGACAUUGAUAAGGCUAUUCGCCUGCAUGAAGGUGACUCAUUGCCAGGUUUUCCUUCACCGGACACCUUCGAGUUCUUGGCACUUCCGCACCUGCAAAAGCUCGCGAUUCCGUCGGUAGAGUGCGUGCACAACAUAUCCGCAGCACUGGAUGUACUGUCGCAGCGCAUGGCACAUGCGGUGUUUCGCCGGUUCCCUAGGAUGGCAGAGUCUGUCUUGAACCUGACACAGAACAUCAUUCAAGAGCAGAAGGAUGAGACCCGCCGGAUUGUGGAAGAGCAGAUUGCAUGCUCCAUUGGCUACCUCUUCACAAACGAUCCGAACUACUUGACCAACCAUGGCUCCAUGGAGCCUAUGUACGAGCAACAGCAGCAGAAGCCACCGCCUCCAGUUGAGGAGGAAAAGAAAGAGCCGGGAAUGGCAGACAAAGUGAAAGAUGCCACGAAGCAGGGGUAUCAAAGUGUGAGCAGCACGGUAAGCUCCAUGUUGAAGAAGACCGAGGCCCAAAGAAAACAGCAGCGGUACAGCGGGCCUUUCGUUGCAGAGAUUCGAAAAAGGUUGGAUUCCUACUUCGAGCUUACGGUGAGGAACAUCAGAGAUUCCAUUCCAAAGGCGAUUGGCUUCUACCUCGUCAGAGCGGUGCAGGACAAGCUGCAGUUUGAGCUUCUGAAUGCCUUGAAUCACCCAGACAAGUUGUCCGAGCUCCUUGGAGAGCCUCCCCACAUAGUUGAAGAGAGGCGCACGUUGAACAAUCAGCUGCAGGUGUUGAUGAAAGCAAGCUCCGUCUUGACAAGAGACCCAACCCUCGCAGCCAUCGCCUUUGAGGCAGAGGACGAGGCAGCGGCCAGCCCAACAGCCCCCUCUCCCGCUCCCCCCAAACCCAUGCAAGCCACAGCCAGUGCAGGCACAGGCCCGACAGUACCCGUCUCCACCAUGCCCUCUAUGCCCUCUGCCAAGCCGGCUGUCUCAGUUCCGGCCCCAGCCCCGAAGCCAGCAGGAGCCACGAGCCUCUUUGGUGCUGGGUCCGCGCCACCGCGAUCGUCGCUUUUUGAGGAGGGACAGCCGAAGCGCCCUGCAGCCAAGAACCCUUUGUUUGAUAGUUAG